AUGGCCCAACAAGUGCAGCUGUCGGAUUUCGAGAUGGGCCGCACCUUGGGCUGUGGCUCCUUUGGCCGCGUGAAGUUCGCGAAGUACAAGCCGGAUGGCAAGUUCUACGCCGUGAAGUUCAUGAAGAAGCACGAGAUCAUCAAGCUGAAGCAGGUGGAUCAUAUCAACAACGAGAAGAGGCUCAUGGCGCAGAUCUCUUAUCCCUUCAUUGUCAACAUGAUGGGCUAUUGCAAAGACGAUCAUUUCGUCUAUAUUGUCAUGGAGUCCAUCAAUGGCGGCGAGCUGUUCACGCAUCUGCGUCGCGCACGGAAGUUCUCAGAUGAGCAGAGCAAGUUCUACGCCCUCCAGGUGGCGGCUGCCUUCGCACACAUCCACAGCAAGAACAUCAUCCACCGAGAUUUGAAGCCGGAGAACAUCCUCCUGCAGUCCAAUGGCUAUGCCAAGCUUACGGACUUUGGCUUCGCAAAGAUCAUCGAACCAGGAACGCGGACAUACACACUCUGUGGCACGCCGGAAUACAUCGCCCCGGAAGUCUUGCUCAACAAGGGCCACGGCAAGCCCGUGGAUUGGUGGACACUGGGCAUCUUGAUCUAUGAGAUGAUUUGCGGCCAACCCCCCUUCUGCGACGAGGAUCCAAUGGGGAUUUACCAGAAAAUCCUGGCCGGCAAGGUGUAUUUCCCGAAGUAUUUCGACAAGAACGCGAAGGGUUUGGUGAAGAAGUUGCUGGUGGCCGACCUGAGCAAGCGCUUCGGGAACUUGAAGGAUGGCCCGGCGGACAUUUUGAAGCACAAGUGGUUCGAGUCCUACGAGCUCUCCAAGCUCGAGACCUUCGAGGUCCCUGCACCCUACAAGCCCAACAUGAAGGACGAGAACGACACCUCGAACUACGAGGACAUCCCCGACUCCAAGGAGCUUCCUCCCACGGUCUCUGCCUCACAAGAUCCUUUCGUGGAUUGGUGA